GGAAGGGUUAACUCACUGCUGGGUGGGAGUGGGCUACCAGCCCUGGGUCUGGAUGUGCACGUCCGGGGUACAGCCAGCCGGCAGGCCUCCCCCCUCUGCCCGUGCCGCCUGCCCAGCCAGCAGGAAGGGGUUAACAACCCUGCGCUUCCUCCUGUGUCCUGUUACUGCUGAGGCAGACCUGCCCGGCCAGCUGGGCAACUUUCCUCCGAGUGCUGCCUGCCUGCCGGCUGGGCGGCUAAAAGACCAACGGGCAAGAGGCAGGGCUGCAGCCCCUCCUGGGGACCCUGCCUCCACCCUUCCAAGGGGUCUGAGCCUCCUGGGAGAGGGUGGGCAUCUCCAGGACCGGGGUCCGUGGUGGAUGGCUCUGGGGACGCUCCCGAGGCUGUGCUGUCCCCCUGCCGCGCAGGUUGGAAGGUCACUGCAGAGGCUGCUCGUGGUCCCAGGGCUGGGGCCAAGGGAGCCUGCACCGGAGACCCAUGUGGAACCCAAGGACGCAGCCGCCCCGCUGAGAGCUCGGUGGCCCAUCCCUGGAGACCGUGACCUCGAGACGGUGGCCCUCGGCCCUCCACCUCCGGCUGGGGCGGGGGCCGCCCAUCUCCAAGUCCCCAGCCAUGACGACCUCAGCGCUGCGGCGCCAGGUGAAGAACAUCGUGCACAACUACUCGGAGGCCGAGAUCAAGGUGCGCGAGGCCACCAGCAAUGACCCGUGGGGCCCGCCCAGCACGCUCAUGUCGGAGAUUGCCGACCUGACCUUCAACACGGUGGCCUUCGCCGAGGUCAUGGGCAUGCUGUGGCGGCGGCUCAACGACAGCGGCAAGAACUGGCGGCACGUGUACAAGGCGCUAACGCUGCUGGACUACCUGCUCAAGACGGGCUCCGAGAGGGUGGCCCACCAGUGCCGCGAGAACCUCUACACCAUCCAGACGCUCAAGGACUUCCAGUACAUCGACCGCGACGGCAAGGACCAGGGCGUCAACGUGCGCGAGAAGGUCAAGCAGGUGAUGGCCUUGCUCAGGGACGAGGAGCGCCUCCGGCAGGAGCGGACCCACGCCCUCAAGACCAAGGAGCGCAUGGCGCUGGAGGGCAUGGGCAUCGGCAGCGGGCAGCUGGGCCUGGGCCGCCGCCACGGAUCCCCGUCCUCCUACAACUCCUCCUCCUCAUCCCCCCGAUACACAUCCGACUUGGAGCAGGCCCGGCCCCAGACGUCAGGAGAAGAGGAGUUGCAUCUGCAGCUGGCCCUGGCCAUGAGCCGCGAGGAGGCUGAGAAGCCCGUCCCCCCAGCCUCCCACAGGGAUGAGGACCUGCAGCUGCAGCUGGCUCUGCGCCUGAGCCGGCAGGAGCACGAGAAGGAGGUGAGGUCCUGGCGGGGAGAGGACUCCCCUGUGGCCAAUGGUGCUGGGGCUGCAGUUCGCCGUUGGCAAGACAAAGAGCCAGAGAGAGAAGAGGGAAAGGAGGAGAAGCUGAAAACCAGCCAGUCUUCCAUUCUGGACUUGGCAGACAUCUUCGUACCUGCCCCGGCCCCGCCCUCCACACGCUGCUCUGCUGACCCAUGGGACAUCCCAGGUCUCAGGCCCAACACAGAGCCCAGUGGCUCCUCCUGGGGGCCUUCCGCAGACCCCUGGUCUCCUGUCCCCUCGGGAAGUGCCCUGUCCAGAAGCCAGCCCUGGGACUUGCCCCCUAUGCUCUCCUCCUCAGAGCCCUGGGGCCGGACCCCAGUGCUGCCUGCCAGACCCCCAUCCGCAGACCUCUGGGCACAGAACUCCCCCCAUCACCAACUCCCCGACACUGGGGCUGACCCUUGGGGAGCCUCGGUGGAGACCUCCAAUGCACCUGCUCUAGGUGGUACCUCACCUUUUGACCCAUUUGCCAACCCUCCAGUAUCCACAGAGACCAAGGAGGGGCCGGAGUGUGCCCAGGCCCUGCCUUCGGGAAAGCCCGGCAGUCCUGUGGAGCUGGACCUGUUUGGAGACCCCAUUCCCAGUUCCAAGCAAAAUGGCACCAAGGAGCCAGAAUCCUUUGACCUGGGUGUACUGGAGGAAGCGCUAACCCAGCCCAGUAAGGAGGCCCGAGCAUGCCGGACUCCUGAGUCUUUCCUGGGCCCUUCGGCCUCCUCCUUGGUCAACCUUGAUUCAUUAGUCAAGGCGCCCCAGGCUGCAAAGACGCGAAACCCUUUUCUGACAGGUCUCAGCGCUCCAUCCCCCACCAACCCGUUCGGUGGGAGCGAGCAGGCCAGGCCGACCCUGAACCAGAUGCGCACCGGGUCGCCCGCGCUAGGCUUGGCGGCCGGCGGGCCGGUCGGGGCGCCCUUGGGCUCCAUGACCUACAGCGCCUCCCUGCCUCUCCCGCUCAGCAGCGUGCCAGCCGGCGUGACCCUCCCCGCCUCGGUCAGCGUCUUCCCGCAGGCCGGCGCCUUCACGCCGCCGCCCGCGAGCCUGCCACAGCCCCUGUUGCCCACGUCGGGCUCCGCGGGGCCGCUCCAGCCGCCCCCACAUCCCGGCACCAACCCCUUCCUCUGAGCGCGGCCCCGCCCUGCCCCGGCUGGCCGGCGCAUGCGCGAGGGCCCGUCCCCGGCGCGGGGCGGGGCUGUCACCCCAGGGCCCGCCCCCGGGAAGGUCGGAAGGGCUGACUCCGCCCCCAGUCCCGCCUGGACGCUCCAAGUGGCCCCCGCCGACCCUCUCUCGCCGCUCUGGAAGCUUGACCCUGAGGACUGCCCGGGGCUGAGACCACGCCCGCGUCCUCAGCUCCCACCGAGUGGACUGUUUCGAGGCGUGGUGUCUGGGUCAGGACCACGGCGCAAACCACCGGCUGCCGUGGGAACGAGUGCUUCGCCGUGUGGGGCACAAAAAUGCUCCCACUUCCCGCACCACCCCCUCAGCCCCGGCACCUUCGCUUCCAGAUGCUCCCCGGGCUCUCCCUCAUUCUCUCAUUUCAUUCAUUUACCACAGAUCUGCACUGGGGGUGAUCUAAUGGCAGGGAACAAUAGGCAGUUGUUCCCGCUCAUUGUGCUCUCUGUGCUGUAAGCACUUUAGACAGAUUAUUUAAUUUAAUCCUUGCAACAACCCUCUGAGGUAGAUAAUACUAUUCCCAUUCAAGACUGGCUACGCAAUUUGUGGGGGCCGGUGCAAAAUGAAAAUGCAGGGCCCUUGCUCCAAAUUAAGAAUAGCAAACUGGGGGCAGCAGGGCAUUAAACCAAGUGUACAGCCCUCGGUCCUGCUGUCACUUUAGAGGUGAGGAAACAGGCUCAGAGAGGUUAAGUGGCAUGCUCAAGGUCACAAAGCUAGCACACACUGGGGCUGCGAUUCAGACUGUCUGGCUCCACAGCCCUGAGCGCCCGGGCUGGGCCCCCCGGUUUCAUCUGCAAAUAUUAACAGCCCGGAACAAAGUGGUGGGCUCACCUGGGAGGGAUCCAAGGGCUGCUAAGCCCACAGCCUCCAGGAGCUCAGAACUCUGGGGAGACAAGCCGGGUAGAGGAGCCCUCAUGUUCCUUUGCUUUACUGAGUCACCUUAAAUCUAGCUCUACCCUUUCCCCUCUUCACCAGGGCAAGAAAUUCAAUCUCAGCCAUGCUGAGAGAGCCUGACCCCUCCCGGGGGCUUCCGUGGGGUCUGAGAAACCAAAGGGAGGGGCAGGGCCUGGUACCUCAUCCUGGGGCCACCUUGGUCACCCCUACUCCUUUUCCGCUCAAUGCUCUCCCAACCGCUGAUUUGUCCUCAGUGCUCAGAGUCUGGCCCUACAAGCAGCCUGCUACUGAGGGAAGAUGGCCUUCUAUAGGCCAGAAGAAAAUUGGGGGGGGGGGGGGGGACAGGAUGCUGCUGUCUUUCUUAAGUGGAAGGGGGAUGCAGGGAAAGGAGCUGCCGGGUUUUGGUUUAGGUUUUGGUGUUUUUUUAGAGGGAGAGAGGGAGUUCUGCUGUGACUGUUACAGGCGGGAUGGACAAGAGCACCUACUAGGAGUCAGACCCCCAGAGUUCAGAACUCUGCUCCAAGAUUUGCAAUUAAUAAUAAUAGUAAUCACUUAGUAAUAAGUGGUUAUGCUCCCUGACCUUGAGUAAAUUACUUAACCUCUCUA